UUGAGGUGCUGCCAUCUUGAAAAUGGUGGUCUGCGUUACGUGGAGUGAUAUGUGCCUGCAAUAGUUUAACAAUAAUUUACCGAAAUGGCUGAUGUAAAAUCGUCCCACAGUGAGCCUGAAAUGAAAGGAUGGCUUUUCAAAUGGACCAACUAUUUAAAAGGAUACCAGCGAAGAUGGUUUGUGCUGUCUAAUGGACUUUUGUCGUAUUACAGGGCCGAAAAUUCGGGGGGGUCCAAACUGUCUAUCCGCCGCCGCCGGCGGGCUGCUCGGACGGAGAACCAAGCUGAAAUGUCCCAUACAUGUCGUGGCACAAUAAGUUUGCAUGGAGCAUUAAUACACACAGAAGAUUCAUGUACAUUUGUUAUAUCAAAUGGUGGCACUCAGACAUUUCACAUAAAGGCUGCCAAUGAAGUGGAACGUCAACGAUGGGUUACUGCCCUAGAACUGGCAAAAGCUAAGGCUAUCCGAGUGAUGGAGUCAGAGGAAGAAGAGGAAGUGUUUGAUGAGACAGGUCCAACAAGCCAGAAAAGUGACAUGGAAACUGUGAUAAAAACAUUAGCAGCUAAGUUGGAAGACUUGCAGACAUGCAGCGAACUCAUCACUAAACAUGGAGGUGCCCUCCAGCGUUCCCUUUCUGAACUAGAGACACUAGAUUCAACUCAAGAUGUUUCAGCUAAACUAAAGUCUGUUAAUGAGAGGGCAACACUUUUCCGGAUAACAUCCAAUGCCAUGAUCAAUACAUGCAGUGAGUACCUGGAACUAGCGCAGUCACAGGGACGUAAAUGGCAACGCAUGCUGCAGCAUGAAAGGGAGCAGAGGCUCCGGCUGGAAGAAGUUGUAGAGCAGUUGGCACGACAGCACUCACAUCUAGAGCAGGCGGCCAAAGAACAUCAAAUUCCCAAUCAAAAUAUGCCUAAUCCUACACAUUCAUCGCCAUCAGAUGAUGAUGAUGAGAAUGAGUUUUAUGAUGCCCAAGAAGAAAACCAUGCAGACGGUGAAUCUAAUUUCAUUCUUAAGAUUCCUCUUGGCCAUCGUAGAACGUCAUCAGGACUUAGUAUAGGAUCUCAGGUUUCCGACACACGCCUGCCUCAUUCUGACGGUCAAGACGAAGCGUCUGGUUCUAGUAGUGAGGUGGACGACACUACUGAGACCAAGGUGCUGGUUAUCAGCACGGCCAACUCCACAGGCAAUGGCUGUGUGGAUCAAACCUCCACCACAACCACCACCAUUUGCAGUGGACAUGUGAGCAGUCACCAGAUUGGUCUUGGGACAUUACCCAUCACAGGCAAGAGAAGACAGAGGAGGACACGUGUUCCAGAUAAACCUAAUUAUCCACUGAACUUGUGGAGUAUAAUGAAGAAUUGUAUUGGCAAGGAGUUGACAAAGAUUCCCCUGCCGGUUAACUUCUCAGAGCCACUUUCAAUGCUACAAAGGCUGACAGAAGAUUAUGAAUAUGCUGAGAUACUGGAUAAGGCCGCAGAGUGUGCAGAUGGUUGUGAGCAGCUGGCGUAUGUUGCAGCAUUUACAGUUUCCAGUUAUGCCACAACAAGUGUACGCACAGGAAAGCCAUUCAAUCCUCUUCUAGGAGAGACUUUUGAAUGUGAUCGAACAGAGGAUUUGGGAUGGCGUGCUGUAUCGGAGCAGGUUUCUCACCACCCACCGAUGGUUGCACAGUUUUGUGAAGGUCGCAAAUGGAGAUGCUGGCAGGAGUUCACAAUAGCUUCAAAAUUCCGAGGAAAAUAUCUGCAGAUCAUUCCUCUGGGAACUGCACACUUAGAGUUUGAGGGUUCAGGUAAUCAUUACACUUGGCGGAAGGUGACUACGACAGUUCACAAUAUAAUAGUUGGCAAGCUAUGGGUUGAUCAAAGUGGUGAUAUGGAUAUUAUCAACCAUAAGACUGGAGCAAAAUGUCAUUUGAAAUACAUCCCAUAUAGUUAUUUCACCAGGGAUGUUCAGAGAAAGGUAAAAGGCUGUGUCAUGGAUCAAGAUGGCAAUGUCAAAUGGAUUGUAUCAGGUACAUGGGACAAUAAGAUAGAAAUUGCACCAGUAACUGGUUCUCAAGGUAGCCUAGAGAAUCCAGUGUUCAAAACUGGUCCAUAUCAACUUGUCUGGAAGAGAAGGAUGCCUCCUCCAGAAUCGGAGCGUUACUACAACUUCACAGAAUUGGCAUGCCAACUAAAUGAACCUGAGGAAGGUGUGGCACCAACUGACUCGCGUUAUAGACCUGACCAACGGCUGAUGGAAGAAGGACGUUGGGAUGAGGCAAAUGCAGAAAAAUUAAGACUCGAGGAGAAGCAGAGGCAUGCUAUGCGGCAGCGAGAAUCAGCAGCUGAGAAAGCCGCUGCAGACGGUCGUCCGUACACUCCAUAUGAGCCUGUGUGGUUCAAGAAAGAGAAGGAGCCAUUCACUGGCAAUGUUUUCCAUAUGUAUCAAGGACAGUACUGGGCAUGCAAAGAUAAACAGGAUUGGGCUGUGUGCCCUGAUAUAUUCUAGCUGCCAUGGUGCUGGAUUAUUCUUACUUCCUCAGUCUUGCAACUGUUUUCUUCCUUUACUGUAGGGAAGAGCCCUACAUUGAAUAGCCAUCUCCUUGAUGGUAUAAUCGCCAUCCAAAUUUAUCAUGUAAAUAAAUUUGUAAUUUAAAGAAAAAAGUGUAUUUUAUUUCUCUGUAUUUUGUUCUGUCCAUUUUAAUUGAACCUCACUGUGUUACGUCAGAAGUAGAGCACUUUCCAGAAACAUUUUGUAAAGAGUGUGUGUGUGUGUGUGUGUGUGUGUGUGUGUGUGUGUGUGUGUGUGCGCGCGCG